CCGGCCACAUAGUCUAUGGACCACAUAACACUAACAACUAACAACACAAUUAGAUUUUCUUAAAUAUUAUAGAUUUAGUAAAAUCGACCUCUGAGCUUAAUUGUGUUAAUAGUUUUUGUUUUUAGUUCUUAUUCCUUACUAAAUAUAAUAAUAAUUAGCACCACUUACAACAAAAGUCGAAAUAGACGUCCACUAAUCGCUACAUCGGAUUCCAGCAAAUUUAUUAUUAAUUUCACUUUUAUAGAUAAAAAGUUUUAUUUUCAUCCAUUCAAAUUAACUCGGGUAACUUCUUGAAGUACUGAAUUUCUAAUACCUAUCAAACAAAACGUAGACUCAUCAAUAAAAAUUCACUCAAUUCAUCAGUCAUGGAUGUACCUAUGGUGUCAUUUCCGCAAUCUAUGGAUUUUCCACCAGAUCAAAUAGCAAUGGAUACAGCAGAGAUUGUUGAGAAACCCACCUCACAACCUCCAGAGAUAACAGGACCUCAGAGUGGAAGGCAUGAGGAAUUUUCAGUUGAAAAGGUUUUAGAUAGGAGAGUUAAAAAUGGAAAAGUUGAAUAUCUUCUAAAAUGGAAAGGAUACUCAAAUGAAGAUAAUACAUGGGAACCAGAAGAUAACUUAGAUUGUCCUGAACUGAUAUCUGCUUAUGAAGACGCACGGUUAAAGAGAGAGCGGGAAGCUCCAGCUCCAACAGAGGCUGUUGAUGAAGGUCAAACAACAAGAAAGCGGUCAAAGAGAGGUGAUAAGAAGACAACAAAAAACAGAGUAGAGGAGAUAGAAAAACCCAGAGGGUUAGCUAGAGGUCUGGCUCCAGAGAAAAUCUUGGCUGGACAACUUUUCCAUGGAACUCUUUUUUUUUUAGUUCAAUGGGAAAACUGUACUGAAGUGGAUGUAGUCCCAGGCCAUGACCUAGGUCAAGCUUACCCUGACUUUGUGAUACGGUAUUAUGAAUCUUGUGCACCAUUUAGUGUGAGGCACCCAGUUGGCUUAGUGCCUAGGCCUGCCCCCGAGCUUCCAAUAGAAGAGCCGGAACCAAAUUCUGAUGCUCCAAUGGAGGUGAAUGAACCCUCACAGGAGGUCAAUGACCCCGUACCUGAGACUACAGAAUUACCCACAGAGACAGAAGAAACACAACCAAUUACAGAAAGUGAAUCCCAACCGUUAGAAGUUCCUGUUAACUGAGACUUUAGUUUAGACUAUUUGUGUCCGUUUUUCGUUGUUGCCUCAGUUUAUUUGUGAAUGAAAAAUGUAAUAAUUAAUCUUAGGUAGACAAGUUUAGUGUCAACAUAAUAACAUUUCAUUAAAAUAUUUGUUUAGCUGCUAAAUCAGAGCCUAUAUGUAACAACAAAACUGUAACUUCAUAUAUCUAACUAAUAGUUAACGCAAUAAUACAUGUGCCUAUUUGGAACAAUAUGCAUCGCUUUUGAAUAGUAUUUGUAGGUGAGCGUCCAAUACCUAUCAUAUAAUAUAUAGUUCAUAUUUUACUUCCUAUUUGCUUCUUCCUAGGUUUUUCAAAUUAUUAAUAAUCAUGGAAAUAAGAUAUCGAAUAACGUUAUCAUUAUUCCUCCCAACACCUGGUAAAAAUAUACAGGCAAUAUUUUGUUAAAAAUAGGUUUAUAAAGGAAGGUAGGUAGUAACAGAACGCCUAACUGUAUGUACUUUAUGUUUAUCGGUACAAAGUGAAAGAAUAACAUAAUUGAUUUUACAUUGAGUACAAGAGAAAAUGCAAAAAAAAAGAAUUGGUACAAUACAAUUGGGUAUUAUACCAAUACUCAUUCAUAUUAAUAUUUUAAAUUUAUUUUAUAUUAUUCCUUUUAACGUAUACAAUAAUGUGUGGAAUUAAUUGGGAAGUAAUUUUUAAAUGAUAUUUCAACGUUCUACACAAAUGGUGACCAUCCAUUCUGACGCUGACUGUAGUACCUAUACCCAAUGUUGAAAAAAAAAACAAACAUGAUGAAAUUUAGGAAUGAUUUUAUUUUAUUUCAACAUGAUAAAAUAAAAUAAAAUAGAUUUUAGUUUGGAUAAGUUCCUUUAACAUAGCACCAAUUUAAAAAUUGGCAGAGCUUGCUUGAUAAUGUGCCAAAUAAGGCCAUUCUGCUAUAGAGGGCGCUAUAUUCAUCUUACAAAGGCUGUUCUGAUUUAUUUUAGUGUAAAUAUACAAAUUAAGAAUUAUAUUGAACAUUUUUAACCGACUUGAAAAAAGUAGACGGUUAUUAAUUCUAUGUAUAUUUUUUAUAAAGGUACUAAGACAUUGUGUAUAAGAAGACAUGUUUUGGGUAUAAUCAAAAUAAAUCAUUCAAUUAAAAGGCUAAUUGUGCUAUUCAAAUAGAAACCAAUACAAUUAUGAGAAUCAUAUUUUUAAGUCUCGGCUCCGUAUC